CCUCUCUGCUUCAGUCUGUGGCUUCAGUGUGCGUGAGUUUGUCAUCGAGGAAGGUAGUUUAGGAGGUUUCGCUAAAAAUGGCGGAAGCCACAGGUGUAUCAAGUGUAAAUCCGAAUGCAGAAGUUGUAAGGGGUCAGGUAUUUGAGGUGGGCCCCCGUUACACGAACUUAUCAUACAUUGGAGAAGGCGCAUACGGAAUGGUCGUAUCAGCACUGGAUACCGCCACAAAUACAAAAGUUGCGAUUAAGAAAAUAUCCCCUUUCGAGCAUCAAACUUAUUGCCAGAGGACUCUCAGAGAAAUUAAAAUACUCACAAGGUUUAAACACGAAAAUAUUAUCGACAUACGGGACAUACUUCGAGCGGUUACGAUAGAUCAGAUGAGGGACGUUUACAUUGUACAGUGUUUAAUGGAAACCGACCUCUACAAACUUCUUAAAACACAGAGACUGAGUAACGACCACAUAUGUUACUUCCUAUACCAAAUCCUUCGAGGGUUGAAAUAUAUACACUCGGCAAAUGUACUUCAUAGGGAUUUGAAACCAAGCAAUCUUCUCCUAAAUACAACCUGCGAUCUUAAAAUAUGUGAUUUUGGAUUGGCUCGAGUGGCCGACCCCGAACACGAUCAUACAGGGUUCCUUACUGAAUACGUAGCAACUAGAUGGUAUAGAGCGCCGGAAAUCAUGCUUAAUUCAAAAGGGUACACGAAGUCUAUAGAUAUAUGGUCGGUGGGUUGUAUUUUAGCAGAAAUGUUAUCAAACCGACCCAUCUUUCCCGGAAAGCAUUAUUUAGAUCAAUUAAAUCACAUUCUCGGAGUGUUGGGGUCCCCGUCGGAAGAAGAUCUCAAUUGUAUUAUAAACGAAAAAGCGAGAAGUUACAUUCAGUCUUUGCCAUAUAAACCCAAAGUUCCUUGGUCAAAACUAUUCCCAAACGCCGACCCCAAAGCGCUAGACCUUCUGGAUAAGAUGUUAACGUUUAAUCCGCAUAAAAGAAUAGGUGUCGAGGGAUCGUUAGCGCAUCCGUAUUUAGAGCAGUAUUAUGAUCCAGCAGACGAGCCGGUGGCUGAAACUCCAUUCCGCUUUGAUACAGAACUGGACGACUUACCGAAAGAUCAGCUGAAACGGUUAAUUUUCGAUGAGACGAUACUUUUCAAACAGAGACAGCAGCAGGAACAGCAACAAGCGAUGGCUGCGUCAUAGUCAUUUGAGAUAAGUGUUUAAAUUUCUUCUUCAUUAAAUUUUUGUUCGGUGAAGGCAAGUCAUGCUUUGAUAGCUACGAGUUUGAAAAUUAAAAAUUAUAGUAUUGCUUGUUAUAUUAUGUAUUUUCUUUUGUAUUUGUUGAUUAUGUAAGUUUAAGAUUAGUUGUAAAUAAUUUUCGAGAAGAGAUGUUGCAGUAUAUCGUACAAUAGCGUAGGCAGUAAGUAACUCAAAAUACAAAUAUAAUAUAUUUUUGAAAUAUUAGUUUUUGUAAAAUGAAAUACAUUGUGGUUGUGUCAAAUGCACUAAUAUUACUUGUUACACACAACAUUUUGUUGUUUAAUGAUCUAACAGUGCCAUUCCAGACAAAUUCAUGUUUUAAUCUCGGUGUUUCGAAAAUUUAUUAAAUAAGGGUACAGCUUAAUAUUAAAUCAAAAUGGUUUAACAAACGUAAUAAGUUACGAAAAGACUGAGUUUGUUUAACGAGCAUAAUUUUUGCCAAAACGAGUGCGCACAGCGAGCAGGUUUUGUAAAUUAUGCGAGUUGAAGUCUAAUAAUAGACUUUUCAUAACGGAUUAGGUUUAAAAAAAAUUCUUAAUUCCGUAGUAAAUUGAAAAUGUAUUCCCGCAAAAGUAACAUUUACAUUUUUUUACAAAAGUUGUUUAAAAUACUCCAAGAAAUAUCUUGCAAAUGAAAUAAGGAAUAUGUUGCAGAAAUUAGUAUUUGUUCAUUAUUAUACAGGGUAAUUUUUAUUUAUGGAGUGAUUAAAAAAUAUAUCAAGUGGCUUUUAAUUUAGAUAAACUGAUCCUUUUAAAAAUUUUCCAAAUAUCUUUGUAUAUAUUGGGCUAUACUCAUCAACUUACUUAUUUUAAAUUGAAACCCAUAUUCUUUUCAUAAUUUGAAAGGUAUUAGCUUUUUGAUGCAAAGUACUACAGUAUGUACACUUUUACUAAAAAUUAUUUAAAAAGAUGAAGUAAUUAAAUAAAAUAUGGGUCUCAAUUUAAAAUAAGAAACUUAAAUAUAACCCAAAAUGUAGUACAACGAAGAGAAAAAUUUCAAAAGCAUCUGCUUAUGCUACCUUUAAAACCAUUUAAUUAUUUUUUCAAUUUUUAAAAUCGGGCAAUAAAUAAUCCUGUAUAAAUAUCAUUUUAAAAUAUUUUAAAAACUGAAAAAGUUUUGGAUUAUUUGCCAAAAUGUUUGAUAUAACCUCUCAUGCUGUUAAGAAAACUAAUUCGUUUCGUAUCUCAAUCAUAAUGGAAGAAAUUUUUGAAAUAUUUAGCUGUCCCUUUAUAUUAUUCUUAACUUUUAUAUAAAUGUCUCGUUGUACUAAAUAACAUACAGGGUGGCUCAAUUCGCGCAAACGAAGUACACAGUUAUAGGUGAGUAAAGAUCGAAUGUUUAUCCAACACCCUGUAUUUACCGAGUGAGACUGGUGUAAACGGAGGUCGAAUUUUGCGCAUUUCAGUUUACUUUUGUCGAAACUGUUACGUUCUGGCGGAUGGGUGCGGAAAAAGAUAUUCUAAUAACCGAAAUUCACGUUGCAGUAAAAUUCUUAAAAAUGUUCGUUGCCAUCAUACCAGAAAUCACGCACACAAUAAAAUAUCAAAAAGAUUUUUAAACUGAAUGCUUUUAAUUUCUGAUCAAAGUAGCCCAUGACAUUGAAAUUAGGUUGGCAACGCUGGCUGUCAAAUUAAAAUGUCACUGUCAUUUUGACAGAAAUACAAGCAUGGUACCUUUUAUAUAGUUGUAUAAAACUAAGGGAGCGAACAUAAAUAUUUUGUCUGUGAUUUAUCACUUCAUUUUACGGUAAAUGUGUAUCUAUUUGUAAGUAGCUUUAGGGUAGAAUUAUUUACUGAGUGUCUUGUCUUUACAACUGUUAAAGUUCUACAUCUGUGUAAUGUACUUUGUCAAUAAUGUGUCAGUUUACAUUUUUAUUGCAUUUGUAACGGUGCGUAGUCAAGUUAAAAUGUCAAUUUAAUCGAAGUUUGUUCACAAUGUUUUGCUUGCAAUUAUUCCAUCUUCUACACAGCCGAUUUGGUAGAUAGGGAACGUCGCAGCCUACUUUGUUUUUUUAAACGGUGUUUUAAUAAAAAGCCGCGAGAUGUCGCCCAGGUAGGUGGACCUGUCUGAAGUUGAAGCAAAUGAAAAAAGAGAAAUGUUCAGUUUCCUAUACAUCAAGGUGGCUGGGUUUUUUGCAUCUUGAAUAUUACGCAAAUAUAUUUGACGUUUUUUUUAAUGUUGUUAAAUCGUAUACCAAAAUGUACAAUAAAACAGAAUAUCGAGAAGCAGCAGGUUUGGGGACGUAUGAAAAAAAUUAGCUGAAGUACUUAGUCUUAUUACAAGACUUUCCAGAAAACUCAAUAAUGCAGCUUAAGAUGAAAACGUUUUCCGUAUUUUGACAUGUUUUCGCAAUCUUAUCUUGGUUAGUAUUUGGAGUUGACAUAAAUUUAAACGAAUUGAAUGGCGUCAAAUUCAAAGUUUUUAUUUUUUGUUAUUCUAUUAUUAUUUUUAUUUCAGUUGUUAUUUGUGGUCUUAAGCUGCAUUGUAAGUAGUCGUAAUAUUUCUUCUGAGUUAUAGUUACCAAUGAUUUUGUUUUUCCUUAGUACAAGUAUUUUCUUAGUAUGGUAUUGGAGACACUUUGUUAUAAACAUAUCUUAGUGCAUAUUUCAUGGUAUUUGUUCUUUUUUCACGAUGUUUUGGGUGCGAAGUUUGUAUAAAGAUGGUUGUUAUAAAGGCCUAAAUCGUUUCUUUCUAUAAAUGUUGUUAUAAAAAUAGUAUUGUUAUAGUGUGUUGCAUUGCAUUCUUAUAGGCGUCUUAAUUAUGUAGUUCUUAUAGAUGUAAAAUAAAAAGGAAUCGAA